AUGGGUGAUGCUGCCCGCACAAGAGCAGCACUGAGUUUCGUUUGCUGCGCCCUGCACAAAGCCGGCAUCCGCUACGUGGACGCAGAAUGCCUACGCCUGGCAAAGCAUGCCGACGUUUCUGUGGGUCCUGUCAUGUGGGCGCUCUUGGCAGACCUGCUGGAGUUUCAACAAGCCAGUGCACAAACUGGUUGGACCCCACUUCUGCGAGAAUCCGUGGCAGAGCUGUCUGGGUUGCAGAAAGAGGUUGCUGUUUUUCGGUUGAUGCUGCUGGGAUACCCUCGUGCAGAUUCUCUGGGUGACAGCAGUGACACCCGUGAGCUCCUUCUUGCAGUUGGCUUUUUGCUAAGCACAUCUGAGAUUUUGACUGCUGCCCGCAGCAUCAAAAGCUGCCAUCCGUUGCCACCGUAUCCACAUGAUAUCGCUGGCUUGGAUCGGGUCUCCGCAUCACCUGGUCGACAAUCUCCGAGCGGUGCCAGACUCUACCACCACAUUCUUCAGCUCCACGGCCGGUGGCAUGCAGAAGUGAGGAGGCUGGAGCAUUUGGAAUCGCACCGCCUUUCCUUGCUCAAGCAGAUUCAGAAUCUGGCGUCCCACCGGCUUCAGUCCCUGGACAUGGCCGACAAGCGAAAGACUUUACAGCCGCCCACGCAGUAUGAACUAUAUGUGUUGGAGCGCUCUUUGUUGCAAGAGCAUGUGCAAGACCUGCAGCAAAGCAUCGGCAGUUUACAGGCCUCGAAGGACGAAGAGCUGUUUUGGAGAUGGAUGGGCAGCGUUCUCCGAGCCGGUGCAGAUGCUGUGGUCCCUGUGGGCGCUGAGGAAGCAGGCCCCAGCCGCCCCAGCCGCCCCAGCCAGGAACCUUUGAAGCGCACGGGCUGCAACAUGCUCAGAGAGAACAUGAUGGAAAGCCUCCGAGCGUUUGAAAAGUCUGUGCUCCCACUCCAAAGAGCACGAGAAGAGCCUGCUGCACCAGCUUCGUUCCUGACAAAGAGGCGGCACACAGCCAAGGACUUGCGUGAUCACUGGGACAACUUGCACAAGUCACUACUCGGCACUACUCAGCGGGAGCUGAAGCAGGAGUUGCGGAGUUUGGGAGCUGCCUUCGAUGCCGUGCUCCCAUCACCUUGGAACGAGAGUGCGGGAAGCACCAAGGAGAUCGUGCAAGAUGAGAUGCUCUUCCAGCCAUCACGUCAGGUCCUUGAAACUGAGACUGGACAUGUGUCCAAGCAGGCUAGGGACACAUCAGCCUCGAGUUCGAGUGUCCAGGAGCAUGUGCACUCGGUGCGUAUGCAUUAUACGUCGGCCUUGCAGGAACACAGGGAGCUGUCUGAGGAAGCAGCGAAGAAGCUUCACGGCACGCUAGCCAUGCUGACAGACUUGCGCGUGCUCCCCGUGGGAAAAACAUGA